AACCUCCGACCCCUUGCUAUAUAAGCCAAAACGACUCUGCAUCCAACUUUUAUUUUUCAUCGUUCCUAUCGUAAAGUUAAAAUAACAAAAUCUUUUUUACAUAGCCUCCUUCGUUCACCAACCACCCCCGGCUCUGUUCACUUUCUGAUCCUUUGAUCUAUCCCCUAUGGCAACCAUUUCCAAGCUCUCUAAUCCCAACCCUGCCGCAUCUCUUUCAUCAUCUUUCAAACCCAGAUCUUCUUCAUCGCUUAAAUGCUUCGUUGGGUUCCGUGCCGCCGGUGGUUUUGGCUCCAAGCUGGUUUCAUCGUCUAGCUUGUCCUUGACGAACAACCACCUUUUAAAGGGCUCUUUGGUUGUCAGAUGUUCUCUUCCUGAUGGGAAUGGUAGUUCAGUUAAGAGGACUACUUUACAUGAUCUCUAUGAAAAAGAAGGGCAGAGUCCAUGGUAUGACAACCUUUGCAGGCCAGUGACUGAUUUGCUGCCACUGAUUGCAAGUGGCGUUAGAGGUGUAACUAGUAACCCAGCGAUUUUCCAGAAAGCUAUAUCGUCAUCAAAUGCUUAUAAUGAUCAAUUCAGGGAACUUGUACAGUCUGGAAAAGAUAUCGAAAGUGCAUAUUGGGAGUUAGUGGUGAAGGACAUUCAAGAUGCCUGUAAACUUUUUGAGCCAAUCUAUGAUCAAACAGAUGGUGGUGAUGGUUAUGUUUCUGUUGAGGUUUCUCCCAGACUCGCUGAUGAUACUGAAGGGACCAUUGAGGCGGCUAAAUAUCUUUAUAAAGUGGUUGAUUGUCCCAAUGUCUACAUUAAAAUUCCUGCAACAGCACCAUGCAUUCCUUCUAUCAAGGAAGUUAUUUCAAAAGGCAUAAGCGUCAAUGUCACUCUCAUAUUCUCACUUGCUAGAUAUGAAGCUGUCAUUGAUGCUUACUUGGAUGGCCUUGAGGCUUCUGGGCUGAGUGAUCUCUCUAGGGUUACAAGUGUUGCUUCCUUCUUUGUCAGUCGGGUAGACACUCUCGUUGACAAAAUGCUCGAAAAGAUUGGCACACCAGAGGCCCUUGAUCUCCGAGGAAAGGCUGCGGUAGCUCAAGCAGCUCUGGCAUACCAGCUCUACCAGAAGAAAUUCUCUGGUCCAAGGUGGGAGGCUUUGGUGAAGAAGGGUGCCAAGAAACAGAGGUUGCUCUGGGCCUCAACUAGUGUCAAGAACCCUGCUUACCCUGACACUCUAUACGUUGCUCCUCUAAUUGGACCUGAUACAGUUUCAACCAUGCCUGACCAAGCUCUCCAAGCCUUCAUCGAUCAUGGCACAGUGUCAAGGACAAUUGACACAAAUGUGUCUGAAGCUGAAGGCAUAUAUAGUGCACUUGAGAAGUUGGGGAUUGACUGGGGCUAUGUAGGCUCACAGCUCGAAGACGAGGGAGUUGAAGCUUUCAAGAAGAGCUUUGACAGCCUUCUUGACACCUUGCAAGAGAAGGCAAACUCUCUUAAAUUGGUUAGCCUGUAAAGGCCUUGUGAUAUGCUUGUUUUGCUGACACUGCAACUGAAUAAAACAAGCAGGUCCUUUGUUCCUGCUGUAAAUUUAGUUGGUGAGCGUUUCGUGAGACGUUGAAUGUAAUGUAUUAUAAAGGGAUAGUGCUUGUUUAAUGAAAUUUUAAAUUUGUGCUUGUUUCUGCCCUUCA